CACGGUCGAAAGCCGAGAAAAGACGUAGGUGGGUCCCGAUCAGGCUUUCGCCUGUAGCAUUACGUCGAUUCUCGUCGGUGUGUACGUCCUUGUGUAUAAAGUAUCAUCAUGAAGCGUGUAAUGCUCCCAUCAUUCCAACUUUAAAUAUUCUUAUCUCCAUACAACUCGGUCGCCUACUCUCUAAUACACACCUUUAUUCGAACCUUUCACAACAUCUCCACAAUCACAAUGGACAAAGCCAAAGCCGCAGUCAGCGACUUCAUGCACCGCUCCGGCAAACAUGACACCACCGUCCAUGAGAGCGUGGCUCCUGGCGUUCAACAUGAAGCUAUCAAGCCACACCAGCACGAGAACGUAACGACUGCUGUUGACAAGGAGGUCCACCAGGACCACUACCACCGAACCGUCCAGCCGGUCCAUGACCGCGAAGUCCUCCCAGAGAAGCACCACGCCAAUCUAGGCGCUGUCGAGCACCGCGAGUUCGACCACCGCGACCACGAGGGUAUCAAGCACGCCCUAGGCGCUGAGCAAUCCGGCUUCAAGGACGAGAGGGUGGUUCACGAUGCCACGCAGAGCCAGAGUGCCCAGCCGACCAUUGGCGGCGAGCACGUCCACCACCACAUCCACGAAACCAUCCAACCCGUCGUCAAGAAAGAAACCGUCGAACCCCACGUCGUCCAUACCACCGUCCCCAUCCACGAGACGCACCACAACGCCGCGCAGCACCACUCCGCCUCCACCAUGCCCGCCAUGUCGAUGUCGGAUUUCAAGAACAAGGGCGGCGUCCUCGGCGGCCGCGAGGAGCGCUACGACGCCUUCGACGGCGAGCCGAAACACAUCGGCGGCACCAUGAGCCACAUGAUGGAGGGCAAGACGUCGAAGCGGGAUUCCGCGCACACCGACAAUCAGGUACGGAAGAGCGCUAUGCAUGGUGACCAUGAUCCGCUUGAUGGGGGAGUGAGGCAUGGAGGUAGCGGGCUGACGUCUGGAGAGAGGAAUGGGAAUGUUAGGGGGUAUGAAGAGGGUUCUGUGGAUGGGACUCAUGAUACGGCUAGGCAUCAUGAUAGUGGUUUGGAUAAGUCGAGCAGUGGGAAGCCGAAGGUGUCGUUCAUGGAUAAGCUUAACCCGAGAGUUGAUGCUGAUGGCGAUGGAAAGAAGGGUAUGAUGGAUUAAGGGAAGUUAUUUGUGUCUUAUUA